CCCACCACGCUAACAAAUUUAUCCCGAAGUCACUUCUCUUCAGUCGAGUUUGUUCUUCUUCCCCUUCACUUCACCCUCUAUUUAUUCUCCACCACCACCACCGUUUCAGAGACCAGCACCACCUUCUCCUUCUUAUUCAACCUCUGCUACCUCUAAGUCUAACAGCAACAUAGAGUUUAUCUGGGAAUUAACUUGUUCUAAGUUUUUAUCAAAAUUAAUGAGUAGCUGGAGACAUUAGUGAUUAAUAUCACUUAACUAGGUAACUUCUGUUUGUAGGGAGGACUAAAGGUUGAAUUCUUGAAUUUCGAUUGGGGAUUCUGGGCCUUACUACUUCAGUUCUGUAUUGGAAAACGUACUUGGUACUUAACCCAAGUGCUGCCUGUCGUUUCUGUUGUUGCAGAAUAUUGAAACUGUUAUCUGAAUUUUCUCAAAGAAUCGAAUAUGCAGGCGAGCGAUAGGUUCAACAUCAAUUCCCAGCUUGAGCAUCUUCAAGCCAAAUAUGUUGGAACAGGCCACGCUGAUUUGAACAGAUUUGAAUGGGCAGUGAACAUCCAGCGUGAUAGUUAUGCAUCUUACGUUGGUCAUUACCCCAUUUUGUCUUAUUUUGCCAUUGCGGAGAAUGAAUCGAUUGGAAGAGAGCGUUACAACUUUAUGCAGAAAAUGCUGCUGCCCUGCGGUCUUCCCCCAGAACGAGAAGAAGAUUAACAAAUAAGAAGAAAAUUAAAGCUAUGAUUCUCAAUGUUUGACUGAUGUUACUACUUCUCCUUCCCAUGAGUAUUUGACCUAUUUUUAGAUUUUAUGUGAGUGUACAUGGGCACAUAGCCUCUUAUAUCUGAGAAUGCACCAAGUUGGUCUUUCUUCUUUCUUUGUGGGAUCCAGUUUUUUCUUGUCACCUUUCGAAAACUUGAUGUAAACUUGCUCGUUUCAAACAUUUCAUUUCCGUAUUAUGCCUGCUCCGAUGGGGCAGCUGGCACUGUGUUCAUCUAUGAUGAUGAUAAUCAGAAAGUAGUUAGUUGGCUA